AUGAGAGGAUUGGUUAAAAGACAGAAGAGACGAAAUAUGGACAAUAUUGUUCAUUCGCCAGAAAGGAGUUGGAGGAAGAAGCCAAGCUGGAGGCCUAUCUGCAGGUCUCACUCGGGAGAAGAAAAAGAAAAAAAGACGCUUCUAAACGAUCUAAUCGACUUUAACACCGUGGCCACCGAGUUCUGUAACUUCUACUACCAACAAUUUGACUCUGACAGAAACCAAUUGGGCAACUUGUACAGAGACCAAUCCAUGUUGACCUUCGAAACCUCGCAGUUGCAAGGUGCCAAGGACAUUGUGGAGAAGUUGGUUUCGUUGCCUUUCCAGAAGGUGGCCCACCGCAUUUCCACCUUGGACGCCCAACCAGGAUCUCCAAACGGCGACAUUUUGGUCAUGGUGACCGGUGAGUUGUUGAUUGACGAGGAACAGAACGCGCAACGUUACUCCCAGGUGUUCCACUUGAUUCCAGACGGAAACUCUUACUAUGUGUUCAACGACAUUUUCAGAUUGAACUACUCUUAG